CAUUCCGGUGUGCAAAGUUAUUUCGAGUGAAAUUACGGUCAUUCGGCGCAUCAUCGUCGACCGUCUAAUCGGAAUAUCUGCUUCCGUUGCGGCGCCGCGACGCAUGCAGAGGUGAGCCGCGCGGCAGAGCAGGGUCGCGAGCGGCGCGGAGGGGAGAGGAGUGGAGAGCAGAGAGAGAGAGAGAGAGCAGGAGCGCCGAGCGUUACUCGAAACCCGGCUUCGUAACCGACCGACCGACCGCCUCGCCGCCCGAUCGAUUCGCCCGUCGACACAAGACGCGACGCGGAAGGCUUCAUCGUCGCACCACCCGGAGCCACCAUGGAAGCCCUGAUACCUGUGAUAAACAAACUGCAGGACGUGUUCAACACCGUCGGCGCUACCGUGCUGCAACUGCCGCAGAUCGUCGUUCUGGGCACGCAGAGCUCGGGCAAGUCGUCCGUAAUAGAGAGCCUGGUGGGCCGUUCUUUUCUACCACGAGGGACCGGCAUCGUCACGCGGCGUCCGUUAAUACUGCAGCUUGUGUACACACCGAGGGACGAUCGGGAGCACAGAAAUGCGGAGAAUGGCACCCUGGACUUGGAGGAGUGGGGAAUGUUCCUGCACACGAAGAACAGGAUUUACAAGGACUUCAACGACAUUCGCGUGGAGAUCGAGGCGGAAACUGACCGGAUGGCCGGGGCGAACAAAGGGAUCUGUCCGGAGCCAAUUAACCUUAAGAUAUACUCGACGUCCGUCGUUAAUCUGACGCUUAUAGACCUGCCUGGUAUCACGAAAGUGCCAGUGGGUGAUCAGCCGGAGGACAUCGAGGCUCAGAUACGCGAGCUCGUGUUGAAGUACAUAUGCAGCCCUAACUCUAUAAUUUUAGCGGUCGUCACUGCCAACACCGACAUGGCCACGAGCGAGAGCUUAAAGCUCAGCAAAGACGUCGACCCGGACGGCAGACGAACGCUCGCGGUCGUUACAAAAUUGGAUCUCAUGGAUGCUGGAACCGACGCCAUAGACAUUCUAUGCGGCAGAGUCAUCCCAGUCAAACUGGGCAUUAUAGGUGUAGUCAAUCGUUCCCAGCAAGAUAUAAUGAACAAUAAGAGUAUUAAGGAAGCGUUGAAGGACGAGGCCACAUUCUUGCAACGUAAAUAUCCAACUUUGGCCAACAGAAACGGCACUCCGUACUUAGCAAAGACUCUUAAUCGUUUACUUAUGCAACAUAUUAGAGACUGUUUGCCGGAGUUGAAGAACAGAGUGAACACGAUGGUCGCGCAGUAUCAAACCCUGCUCAAUUCCUAUGGCGGGGACGUCGAGGACAAGAGCCAGACCCUGCUGCAGAUCAUCACCAAGUUUGCAAACAGCUACUGCGCUACGAUAGAGGGAACAGCGAGGAACAUAGAAACCACCGAGCUGUGCGGCGGCGCUCGCAUUUGCUACAUAUUUCACGAGACCUUUGGUAAAACGCUCGAUUCAAUUAAUCCACUGGCAGACCUCAGUAAAGUCGACAUACUGACUGCUAUCCGUAAUGCAACUGGUCCGAGGCCGGCUCUCUUCGUGCCAGAGGUCUCCUUCGAGUUGCUGGUCAAACGGCAGAUACGAAAGUUGGAGGAUCCCUCGCUACGGUGCGUAGAGCUCGUGCACGAAGAAAUGCAGAGCAUAAUACAGCAUUGCGGCACUGAGGUGCAACAGGAGAUGCUACGUUUUCCUAAACUGCACGAGCGUAUCGUCGAUGUUGUCACGCAGUUGCUACGUACACGGCUCCCACCUACCAAUUCAAUGGUAGAGAACUUGGUUGCGAUAGAAUUGGCGUACAUUAACACUAAGCAUCCCGACUUUCACAAAGAUGCGGCAUUUGUAUCGUCUCUACUGAAGGACGCUGAUGUGGAUCAUUUGAAGCACAACAAACGACUAACUUCAGCAUCCAGUACUAUAGUCAAUACCGUAAUCUCCAAUGAUACUAUUGUAAAAUCAGUCAAUAAUCAAGAUGAGAUGAACUCUGUUUCCGAUCAGACUAAGGAACAGCAAGGACAGCAGAAUCACUGGCUGCUAAGUAACUUGCUACUCCAGGGAAGAACCGAGUCGACUAGUUCCGCGGACGGGUCUCCGGUCAGAAUGCGUGAAAAUAAUAGCUCCCCGUAUCCAGCGAUCGAACUGCAGAAAGCGUCCCCGCAACAAAAGCCAGUAAAUCUGCUUCCGGCGGUACCGAUACAGACGUCUCGAAAGCUCAGCGAUCGUGAGCAACGGGAUUGUGAUAUUAUUGAAAGGCUCAUAAGAUCAUACUUUUAUAUUGUACGGAAGUCCAUUCAGGAUAGUGUACCAAAGGCUGUUAUGCAUUUCCUAGUCAACUACGUGAAAGAUAAUCUACAAAGCGAACUUGUCACACAUUUGUACAAAUCGGAUCAGGCUGAGGCUCUGUUGAUCGAGAGCGCACACAUCGCUGUUAGGCGUAAAGAAACAGCGGACAUGCUUAAGGCACUGACUCAAGCAGGUCACAUCAUUAGCGAAAUUAGAGAAACACACAUGUGGUAAUCGAACGCCUAAAUCGCCACCUCGCCAGAUUCUAGUUGAAUUUAGGUAUUACAUCUCUGUGUUUUAAUGAACUGAAUUGAAGGAUGUACUUUACCAAUGUAUAUGAUGAUAAUUAUUGUACAUAACACUUGUCUUUCUCACACAAGUAAGGUAUAUGUAUCGCUAUUGAGAAGCAAUGGUUCUGUUAUGUUACGUCAUCCACUUUUAUAGUACGUGAGCAUGAAGGAGGCAUAACAUCGUAUAUAAAAUGCGCGUUUCCGCAACCGGAUCGUUAUUUGAUUCGCAAGACGUAAAAUUCGAGCUCGGUUUUUUUUUUAUUAUCUUUGGUAUUCUAUCGAUGUAUACGCUGAUGACCUAUCGUUGUACGAUAGGUAAUCGAUUAACUCGUUUUGUAUCACGCAUUUUACCACGGAAUUAUAUGCUUCUUAAUGAUCUUAGUCUAAUCUAAUUGCCUCAUGUUAUACAGCGACUGUUACCGAGAAUGCAAUUGAGGAUUAUUGUUCCGUGUAUUUUCUAGUUUCGCUGUUUGCAUAAUUUCUCAUUCCAGAAUAGGAAGCUGGAAGUAUCUGUUCUUAGCGGAUUGUGUCGCGUUUUUCACAAAGCUGUAGAAUAAAUUUAAAUAAUUUCA